AUGACUUUACUUCGCAUACAUAAUGAAUGUGCGAUAUUUCACUCCUACACAAGUAACGUCUUACUUGAUGAUGAUAUGAAUGCUCAUGUUGGCGACUUUGGAUUAGCAAAGUUUUUUGGUGGAGUCAUCACCAAUGUUGAAUCUGAAUAUCAUACAAAUAGUACUUCAAUCGGUAUUAGGGGCUCAAUUGGAUAUGCUGCUCCAGAGUACGAAAUGGGUAGUGAAGUAUCGACAAAAGGAGACGUUUACAGCUACGGUAUCAUGUUGCUAGAGAUGUUUACAGGAAGGAGACCUACUGAUGACAUGUUUGAAGAUGGUUAUAAUCUUCACAGCUUCGCUACGAACGCUCUUGUUACUGAUGGAGUUUUACAGAUUGUUGAUCCUGCACUAAUUGUUCCUACACAUCUCCAAGAAGUUAAAAUCAAUGAUGAGGCAGAAGCUAAGAUGUCCAAGGCUUUGACAUGGGUUUUGAAACUUGGUGUUGGAUGUUCCAAUGACUCGCCCACACAACGGUUGGAAAUGGUACAGGUCGUGAGAGUGUUGCAGUCAAUUAAGAACACUUAUCUCCUGGAUUUGGAUAUGGAACUAUAG